AUGCCUACUCUAAGCAAGCCAUCGUUCUAUCUUCCACUCGUGGAUAUCACGCCAUUCCUGGAAAAUCCUCAUGGGGCCGCCGCCCAGGAUGUCAUCGAAUCGGUGCGCACAGCAUGCAAAUCCACUGGCUUCUUCCAAAUCAAGGGCCACAAGGUCCCUCUCAGACUGCAAAAAUCGGUGUUUGAAGCAUCCGCUCGAUUCUUCGCCCUUCCAGUAAAGAACAAACUCGAACUUGACAGCCGGAAGACCGUUGGGUUCCGGGGCUACGAUGUGAUGGAGACCCAGUCAUAUGAGCUCGAAUUUGGAGCCGUUCAGGAGGCCGAUGCACUGCGAGACAUCAAAGAAGGCUUUUUCAUCGCAACUGAUCUACCUCCUGAUCACCCCCAUGUGGCAAACGGUCGCUUCCUGCAGGGUCCCAACGUCUGGCCAAAACCCGAGCAGCUCGCACCCGAGGAUUUCCAAUCGGUUCUGGAAGAGUAUUAUGCAGAGAUGCAGCGGUUAUCACAUGUAGUUCUGUCGCUUCUCGCGGCAACACUACCCUACGGCCCACAUGUAUUCGAUGAACUCGAGACUGGUGACCCAAUGUCUCUGCUUCGGCUUCUCCAUUAUCCCCGGGGCUUGGAUAAACAGGACGGAAAGAAGCUUCAGCUCGGUGCUGGUGAACACACUGAUUUCGGUACCUUCACUCUCCUGUUGCAGGACGAGAAUCCCGGUCUUGAAGUUCAGGACAGUGUGACAAACGAGUGGCACGGAGUACCUCCCCAGGAGGAUGUGUACAUUGUCAACGUGGCUGACAUCCUUUCCACCAUGACAGAAGGAGAUUACAAGAGCAGCGUGCACCGGGUGUGGAAUGUAAAGAGCAAUGACCGGUACAGUGUGGUUUUCUUCUACGAUGGCAACCUGGACUAUAAAGUGAAACCUCUCAGGAGCUCUGGGCAGGAAGAAAAUGAGGAAACCGAUGCGCCCACCAUUGAAGAACACGUGCGAUCGCGCCUGACGGCGAGCUACGGCAUUUAA